UACAACAAAAAAUGCUUUAAAAAAUAUUCCUGCCAGAUAUGUGAGAAGUCAUAUAAAAAUCAAACCAAACUUUCACAACAUGUAAACAUUCAUAAUCCAGACAAAGCAUACAAAUGCAAUAUUUGUCUAAAGAGAUAUUCGCACUUGCAAAGUCUUCAAAGUCACGUAAAAAUACAUAUAAAUGGAAGAUGUUACGUAUGUGAAAAAUGUAGUAAAACUUUUACUAAUAAAUAUAGCUUAAAUAGGCAUAUAUUAACACAUACUGAUAAUAAAAAAUAUGAAUGUGUUAUAUGUCUGAAAAGAUUUAAUCAAAAAUCUCAUUUAGACGCCCAUAGUGUAGUACAUAAUGGUAUAAAACUUUUUCUUUGUGAUGUAUGUGGCAAAGGUUUUACACGCAAGGACACAUUGGUUGUUCAUAUUAAUUUCCAUAAAAUAAAUAACUCACAAUCAGUUAAAAGUAAGAAUACAGGACUGGCUGAUAAUUUUAUAAUUAAAAGAAAUACAAAAAUACCACUGGCUGAUGAAAUCAAUUUAAAAGAGAAACAAAACACUGGUAGUUAUGAAAUGAAUUAUGAAAAAGAAAAUUUACCAAUAAACCCUUUGAAAAGUGAAUUCUUUUUGGAUAUGAACAAAAAAAUACCUAAUUUACAUACAGAACAUAAAAAUACAAUUGAAAACCAUCAAUGUCUGCAUUGUAAUAAACAAUAUAAAAACAUAAAAUCCCUUAAACUACAUAUGAAUUUACACACUCUUUAUAACACACAUAAAUGCGAAAUAUGUUCCAAAGUUUUUACAAUAAAAAGCAAAUAUGAUAUACAUAAAUUAAGUCACUCAGGAAUAAAACUAUAUUCCUGUAACUUAUGUAUUAAAAAAUUCACAGCAAAACACUCACUUAAAAUACAUCAAAAAAGCCAUGACAGUUCCAAACCUUUUCAAUGCACUUUAUGUGGAAUAAGAUUCACUAAGAAGAGUUCACUUGACAGACAUUCUUUCAUACAUACUGGUAUGAAGCCAUAUAGAUGUGGAGUAUGUGACAAGAGUUUUAUCCAGAAAAUACAAUAUACCAACCAUGAGAAGACACACAAUGGAAACAGACCUUAUUUAUGUCAGGAAUGUGGCAAAAGUUUUAGUAGAAAAGACAGUUUAAAUGUUCAUAGAAAAAAAUCAUAAGCUUGAAAUACCACAAUGAAACAUACAUUUAUAUGCGGUUCUCACUUGCGCAGUACAGUAGGAUAGUUGUGAUGGCCAGUCAUGGAUUGUAUGGAUUUACUGAUGCCAGUUGAUUGACAGUCUAGUUAUUUAGCAAUACUGGCCAAGUGUAAACUGCGUUUUUAAAACUUUUUACAUUUAUAUAGUUCUGAAUUAAAGAAAUAUAU